AUGUCUGAGGAAGGCCCCCGUCUCAUACGGCCCAUCCCCCGCCGACCAUUCGACUUUAACCGCACGAACCCAGCCCCUCCAGAAGACGACUCCUCCUCACCCAGCCCCAACCCCGAGAUCGAUCUGUCUAAACUAUUCAAUGGCCCCGCACCGUCUUCGGAAUCCGGCUCCGGCUCCGGCUCCAUACCACGCGCACAGUCUGUGUUGAACUUGACCGGCUCGACGCUCUUCGGCAUCUACUCCCCAACGUCGUACGGCAAGGAUCGAUGCUACAAUGACCGGGAUGAACCGGAAACCCCUUGGGGAACUGGGGCUCAGACGCCAAUCAAGCGGGCGAGUGUCGAUGAUACUACGUUCGAGCUCAUGAAGGAUCGCUCGAACAUGAUGCGCCGGCAGUCGUCGUACCGGAACGGGGGCAACGCGUCAUCUUCAUCGACUGCAGCUACCGCGCUGUUCACCAUCUCUCGAGUUGGACUGCUUUUCGUGAUCGGUAUGGGGUACGGAAUGAUGGUCACAAGGCUGCAGGAUGAACACAGAUUCUCUUCCUUCCAGGUAGAAACCAUGAUCAAGCCCGGCUACGACUGGCAGUACCUGACACUGUGGGGCUUAUCCGGUGUGGUACUCGGCGGCCUCCUUCCUUGGUUUGACGGCGUUUGGGAGGAUACCUUUGGAAAGGAAGAAGAGAUUGGCACCUUGCAAGAAGAUAUCAGCCCGGUAAAGGACUGGGCUCUGGUCGUCCGCAGCAUCGGCGCUUUUGUCGGUAUUGUUUUCGCCAUUCGUAAGCUUCCAUGGGCAUCGACUUUGCAAGUAUCCCUUACGUUGGCGCUUGUCAACCCAUUUCUGUGGUACUUGAUUGAUCGCUCAAAACCCGGCUUUCUACUUUCGGCCGCCGUUGGCCUUGCCGGAUCGGCGAUGCUGAUGGGCAUCAACCCUGACGUGAUGCCAACCCCGUCAUCUCUAACCUAUCGUAACGAGUCGGAGAGGGCCUACUCGGAGCCGGUUGCUCUCGGGGGACUCGCUAGCCAGAAGACCAUUGAGACCGGUAUUUGGAUGCUAAGUGUUCUGUUCUGCAGUUGCGUCUGCUUUGGAAACAUUGGUAGGCGGUUGGCACUGAACAAAUCGGCCACCGCACGUGGGCGAUGGGCCGGCAUCAGAUGA